AAAUCUAACUUGCCCCACCCACAGCUGCUUCCUCAACAUUCUCAUCCCACACAGACUCACCUUCUCCCCAACACAAGCCUCAUCUCCUCGUCUUCCCUGAGCUCCUCCCACAGCAAUAUCCAUCCAUGGCAACCAUAGCAACCGUGGCCAUGCUCAACGCGAAAUGCCCUGCUCCAAACCAUCUUCCCUCCUCAAAGUCAGCACCAACGAAGCCAGUCUCGCUCCUCUCACUCCAAAACCUUCCCAAGGGAGUCCAUCUUUCCAAACCAAUCAACACCAGCAGCCCUUCUUCCUUGAGCGCGGCCGCCAUCGCCGGGGCCUUCUUCGCCAGCCUGAGCAGCUCCGACGCGGCCUUUGCGGCUCAGCAGAUCGCCGACAUCGCCGAAGGCGACAACCGCGGCCUCGCGCUCCUCAUUCCCCUCGUCCCAGCCGUCCUCUGGGUGCUGUACAACAUCCUCCAACCGGCGCUCAACCAGCUCAACAGGAUGCGGAGCGAGAAGGCGGUGAUCGUCGGGCUCGGCCUCGGGGUCGGUGGCGGGCUGGUAGCCGCGGGGCUGGCGUCAGCGCCGAUCGCAUCGGCGGGGGAGCUGAUGGCGGUAGCCGACGCCUCCUCCUCGGGCGACAGCAGGGGGUUGCUGCUGCUUUUUGUUGUGGCUCCGGCCAUUCUUUGGGUCCUCUACAACAUUCUGCAGCCUGCGCUGAACCAGAUCAACAAGAUGAGGUCUGGGUGAUGAUCGGCUGCUUGAACCGAAGGCUUCAAUCUAAUAGCAUCUCUUCGAUAUGUAUGCAGAAUAGUAUGUGCCAUAUUAACGACGCUGGUCUCCGUUGACGAUAGAGAUCGUUUUCUA